UCUAUCACAGCUGCAAUCAUGAAAAAGAGGAAUAAAUCGGAAGCCUCGCUUUUGUCAACAAGAUCAGACAUGCAAAUGAAGGAGGAAAUCUACGUCCCACCCAUGGACGUGUUCAUAGUCAAAGUUCUGAGUCUGCAAGUGACAGAUGACAUCCCCAAACACUACGCCAUCAAAGUGACCUUCUUUGAUCAGCUGCUCCUCACUGGGAUUGUCAAGACGGUGAGUGCGAAGAGCAAGGCUGGACGUCGGAUCUUAGCCAAAGGAACUAUGAACUAUGACCCUUCGGAUUACGAGAAAAUGUGCCUGUUUGCCGACUGCCCUUUGGUUGUAAAUAUUCAACCAUUAAAAAGUAUAGAGACAAACAUGAGCACCCAGGGAAUCUCUCCUAGACUCAGCACUGAGUCGAACAGAUCCAGCUCUACAGUGAAACCAAUAGUCGAUAUAAGUUGCUGCAACGUGGACAUUUUACCAGUAUUUAUAGAUAAGGAUAGAAUGGUCGUGCAAAAAAGAAUGGAACCAAUGAUAAAACCACCAAUACUGCAAACCAAAAGCUGGGACAAUUUGCCUCUCCUCACCCUGGAACUGUCUGUAGACCGCAACGAGUUGAACGAACACCAUCACAAAGUGCUAAAGAAGGCAAAUUAUAUUAAAGUGACUCUACUUUCUGCAUACAAUGUCCAAAUACCCUUCGACGAGGAGUAUAUUUACACUGCAGCAUCUAAAACACCACUUCAUAAUGAAACGAACACGGGACUUGUCACUUUCAACCAAGGAUAUAGAGUUCCAAAUAGAUUCAACCCUAUGAGCUUCUAUCCGAAAUGGGAAAGCCUCAGGGUAGGAGACGACAUAUUUACGAGAGGAGACGAGAAAUUCGUUUGCAACCUGGAAACUGUGCACAAUACUGAAAACAUAGACUUAAAUUACUACAUGUCUAAGAAACUCAAAGAUUACAUGAUCGUGUGGGGCUCUUUCCAUCGUACCCUGAUGCUGGAGCACUCGGACGCGUGGCUCGGGGAGCACCUGCGCCGCUACUGCUGGCCCUUCGAGGUGCACGUGUACGGCGAGCAGAACGGCCUCAGCUUCAUGGCGUUCCUCAACCUGUUCCACUUACUGUAUCCUGGAGAAAACUGCGUCCGCAUGGCAGUGCCUCUGCACUGGGUAAAUCCCCAGGUGAUGCUAGAAAAAUGUGGCUGUGAGCUCCUCCUUACCCCGAACGAUAACUUGGCUUCCACUACGGGCAGCACUCCCAAGGCCAAAUUACCUGGUGACUCGGUUCCCACCAGUACCAGUACUGAAAUGGGCAUUUCAUUGCGACCUACUGGCGCCGACGAAAACUGUGCCUUCAUCGUCGUUGAAGUUAAAUUGGCAAGACCACUUAAAAAAGCUGUUAUACCUACUCCUAUUACAAGUGCAGAGAUAAACGAUAUGCUGCAAGAAAUGGAGCUAGGCCCCGUAAAGAGAGAGAACACAGGCCGAGGGCAGUUGGACCGCGAAUGGCAGUCUACAGUUCGUGCGGCAGAAAGUUCUCUUCGGAAAGUCCCACAUUACGGAAUGACGGAAUUUUGCGCAUUCAACCGGCAGCUGAGCGAGACACGCACGCGCGUGGAGUUGAUGACGUCAUGCUGCCUCGACGCCGCCAUCUACGUCAACAACAACUUCGUUGUGCAAGAGUUCCUACGUUCGGAUGAUACCUUUGAAGAAAUGCUAAUGAUGUCCCACGCGUGCCUGACACGUAUCGCUUGCAGCACUCUGGUGGGGAACAUCCAUCGACAGGACAUAGACCCCACGCUGAAAGCAGCUCGACAUGCCCGGCAAAUGCAAGACACGUCACACGCCUUGGAAUUGUAUUUACAGUUAGUUGUGCAGAAGCCCCGUAGUCCAAACAGUUGGCGGGAGCUGUCAACUUGCUUACGAGACGUGGAUAGCGAUUGGGCCAAUGUUUGCAUCAACAAGUCAAUAGUUUUGGACCCUCGACACCCACUUACUCUUGUGUCAAAGGGCAGCAUUCUAUUCGAAGAUGACCCUGAAGCAGCAGAGCCAUUCUUCGUGGCUCUGUUGGCUCUGUACCCGUUCUGGCUGACCGGCUGGGUCAUUGUCAAUGCCUACUACCUGAAGCGGGAACUCUUUCACAUGGCUGAUCAAGUUAUGGAGUAUAAACGAAAGUAAAUGGUCUAUUUUUUAGUUUUAGCUAGGAAAUGGAAUGUUUCAUGGGAGUACGAGCUGGGCGACUGGUGGGACAAUACUCCAUUACUACCCGGCACCAACCCUUAUUUCGAAGCUGCUGACCUUCUAUUGCGGUUGAGAGCCUUUGGACUAGCAGAAGUCUGCCUAUCCCGAGCUAUCGCGGAGGCCGGCGAGUCUGCGGCGUCUCUCCACAUGGUUGCGCUGAGCUGCCGGCUGCGCGGGAGCACCGACGACGCGCUCUGCCACUUGCAACUGGCCAUCGAGAAGUUUGGUGAUAUAAGCUACUUACGUGGCCUGCAAGCAGAGUGUCUACACAAGAAUAAGAAUAUAACGGCCGCAAUGGCGUCUUUUGAAAAAGCUGGCAACUGCUUAAGUGGUUAUAGUAUCUUACUAUCCAUGCCGUGCUGGGAAACGCAGCGAGGGCGGUCUCUCCUUCUAGACCUGAUCCGUCGUCAACCCAGCGCUUACGCCUGGGUCGAAUUGGCUGAGGACUGGUUACAGCGAGCGGCGGUAGGCGAAGCAGGUGACGCGGACGUGACAGAUGAGCAGACCGCCGCGAAGACCUGCGCAGCCGCAUGUGCUGUUCAGGCCCUGAAGUGCGACAGGCAGGCUGGUCGCGCCUGGGCUCUCCUGUCCAGACUAGUCGUGCCGAGCGCGCGCCGGCUGCACUGCAGGAACAUGGCUGAGACGUGCGGCUUCAUGUUCAACGAAGACCGAGUGGAGACGAGCGCCGAGUCGCAGCAGUCGCUGUGCCACCGACUCGGGCGAGCGCUCCGAGAGUGUCGCUGCAACAUGUGCGAGUACCUUAAGUUUUGAUCAUUUAAAUUGUACGAAACAAGUACCAAUAAA